AUGCGCAUAAUUGGGCGAUUAGAAUCGUUCAGCGGGAAACAAUCAGUGAUUCCGUUCAUUGCUGAGUCACAAUAAGUGAAAUUAGUUCAAUUCAUUCUUUACGUUUAUUGCCUUUUUCCUGGAUUUUUUUUUUAGGAAAUCAACAAUGUAAUUUCAAACAUUCGGACCUACUCCUGAACAGUCCUCACCAAAACGGGGAAGAAUUUCGUCGUCACUUUCAAGCUAGCACGUAGGACAAACAAAAAUGGCGAGCUGGAUGUUAGCCACAGAAGAUCAAGUCAGAUGAAAGUUUCUACGACAAAGUCCUCGUGGAGUUAACCAAGAAGGCCCGUGGGGUGUAAUUCACAAGGUGCAAGGAAGAACUAAGUGAGACGGGUGGAGAGAAGCUGCCAGCAGUAAAGAAAACAAACAAAUCACAAUAUGACAAACUGGGGCCAAAGCGGCAAGAAUGAAAGGAAGGAAGAACGAACGAAAGGAAGGAAGGAAGGAAGGCAAAGGCUGAAUCCCGCCUGGAAUAACACAGACGUCCCAACGGGGACUUUAAAAACGAUGACGGACUUUGUGACGCUAGGCCGAGCAACACGUUACUGCCAAGCAAGUUUUCAACCCCCGAAAAGGAUUUUGGGGCCACUUUCUGAGCAGCAUACACGACCGAGCAUAAACAGACGAGAGAAAAGAGAGGUCUGCUGCGUCUACAUCGUCAUCGAAAGGUGCAGGGUGGACAAUGUGGCUUCUGUGGAUUUCACUGCUGUCGCCGCUCACCUUCGUUACCGGCGGCGGGGCCGACUCCAAAGCCGUGACCACCACCCUGACAGCCAAGUGGGCCGACACACCCCUGCUGCUGGAAGCCAGUGAGUUCUUGGCAGACGAGAACCAAGAGAAGUUUUGGGACUUUGUCGAGGCCAAUCAGAACAUAGACGAGCACAAUGCUGACACAGACAAGGCCUAUUACGAGCUGAUCGUGCAGAAAGCGGGCGCCUUGCUCAGCCCCAUGCAAGUGAACAUGCUAAAGUUCGCCCUGUCCCUCCGAGCCUACUCGGCCACAGUGCACUCCUUCCAACAGAUUGCGUCCAAUGAGCCGCCUCCCGCCGGCUGUUCAGCCUUUUUCAGCGUCCACGGAGAGAAGACGUGCAGUCCCGGCACAUUGGAGGCGCUUCUGAAAACAGCCUCAGAAAGGCCGAAGCCUUAUCUUUUCAAGGGCGACCAUAAAUAUCCCGGAUCAAAGUCAGACACUCCCGUCGUCAUCCUGUAUGCCGAAUUGGGGAAAGCAGAUUUCCGGGAGCUUCACCGGGCCGCUGUGGACAAAGUUGGCGAAGGCCUGGCGACUUACGUGCUCCGUCAUUAUGUUGCCAAUCCAAGCACAAAGAGGGUCUCUCUCUCUGGCUAUGGGGUGGAGUUGGCCAUCAAAAACCAGGAGUACAAGGCCAAGGAUGACACACAAGUCCAAGGGGCGGAGGUGAACGCCACAAUGUUUAGGGAGAACGACCCGGUGGACGAGGUCCAGGGUUUCCUUUUUGGCCGACUCAAGACACUCUACCCAGAACUGAAAGAACAGCUGAAGGAGCUGCGGAAACAUUUAGUGGAAAGCACCAAUGAAAUGGCGCCGCUCAAAGUCUGGGAAAUGCAAGACCUCAGCUUCCAGACGGCCGCUCGUAUCCUGGCCGCCCCCGCCGUAGAUGCCCUUAAUGUUAUGAAGGACCUCAGUCAGAACUUCCCCACCAAGGCCAGGUCCAUCACCAAAACGGUAGUCAGCGCUGAGAUCCGGAAAGAGAUCGCCGAAAACCAGAAGUUCUUCAAAGGGACUCUUGGGCUGCAUCCGGGGGACUCUGCCCUAUUCAUCAACGGGCUGCACAUCGAUCUGGACUCGCAGGACAUCUUCAGCGUUUUUGAGGUUCUGCGGAACGAGGCGCAGGUGAUGGAGGGCCUGCACUCGCUUCUCAUCGACACGCCCUACGUCCACGACAUCCUCAAGAUCAACGUGCAGCCGUCGGACUCGGACUACGCUGUUGACAUCCGCAAUCCGGCCAUCAGUUGGAUUAACAAUUUGGAGACAGACCACCGGUACAGCUCGUGGCCCUACAAUGUGCAGGAGCUGCUCAGACCCACCUUCCCCGGCGUGAUUAGGCAGAUCCGCAAGCACUUCCACAAUCUGGUGAUGAUCGUGGAUCCGACUCAGGAGAAUUCUGUGGAGCUGCUUAGUGUUGCAGAGAUGUUCUAUUCAAACAACAUCCCACUCAGGAUCGGGCUGGUAUUUGUGGUCUCUGAUGAAGACAGCGUAGACGGAAUGGAGGAUGCGGGCGUGGCCCUGCUGCGGGCUUACAACUACAUCAGCGACGAAGUGGACAGCCACAACGCUUUCGAGGCAGUCAUCUCAAUGUUCACCGGCGUCCCAAUGGGCGGACGGCUGACUGUCGGGAAUGUGGUUAAAGUUCUGGAGAAGAGGUUCCCCUACGUGGAGGUCAGCAGCGUCCUGGGAGCCGACUCCAUCUACGACAACAACAGGAAGGAAGGGCGGGCGUAUUAUGAGCAGACAGGGGUGGGCCCGUUGCCGGUGGUCAUGUACAACGGAAUUCCGUACCAGCCAGAGCACCUGGAACCGGACGAACUGGAGACGGUCACCAUGCAGAAGAUCCUCGAGACCACCUCCUUCUACCAGAGGGCUGUCUACUUGGGCGAGCUGGCUACAGAUCACGACGUGGUGGACUUCGUCAUGAACCAGCCCAACGUGGUCCCUCGCAUCAACUCCCGAGUGCUGUCCACCACAAGAACCUACUUGGACCUCUCUGACACCAACAACCAUUUUGUGGAUGAUUACGCUCGCUUCUCCACUCUGGACACCCGGGAAAAGAGCACGGCUGUGGCUAACAGCAUCAAUUACAUGACCAAGAAAGAUGAUGGCUACAUCCGGCCUGUGACCUUCUGGGUUGCGGGAGACUUUGACGCGCCUUCAGGACGCCGCCUCCUCUAUGAUGCCAUCAGACACAUGAAAACCAGCAACAACGUGCGUCUAGGCAUGAUCAGCAACCCGUCGGGCGAGCCGUCGGCCGAGUCGAGCCGCGUGACGCGCGCCAUCUGGGCCGCCUUGCAGACGCAGUCCGCGAACAACGCCAAGAACUUCAUCACCAAGAUGGCCAAAGAGGAAACGGCGGCGGCAGUGCAGAAAGGAGCCGAUGUCACAGAGUUCGCCGUUGGGGGGAUGGACGUGUCACUGUUCAAGAGUGCAUACGAGAGUCCGAAAUUGGACUUCCUGCUCUCGCACGUCGCCUACUGCCGCGACGUGCUCAAACUGAAGAAGGGCCAGAGAGCCGUCAUCAGCAACGGGAGAAUCAUCGGGCCGCUGGAGGAGAACGAGGUGUUCAACCAGGACGACUUUCUCCUGCUGGAAAGCAUCAUCCUGAAGACGUCGGGCGAGCGUAUCAAAAGCCGAGUGGAGCAAUUCAGGAUCGAGGAGGACAGGGCCAGUGACCUGGUGAUGAAGCUGGACGCUCUGCUCUCGUCUCAGCCCAAGGGGGAGGCGCGCAUAGAGUACGGCUUCGCCGACGACCGCCACAGUGCCGUGAAGAUUCGUCCCAAGGAGGGAGAUACGUACUUUGACGUCGUAGCCGUGGUGGAUCCCGUGACGCGGGACACUCAGAAACUGACUCCUUUCCUGAUGGUUCUCAAGCAACUUGUCAACGUCAAUCUGCGUGUCUUCAUGAACUGCCAGUCCAAAUUGUCUGACAUGCCCCUGAAGAGUUUUUACCGCUACGUGCUGGAGGCCGAGGUGGCGUUCCAGGCGGACGGCAGCUUCUCUCCCGGCCCAGUGGCGCAGUUCCUGGACAUGCCUCAGACGCCGCUCUUCACGCUGAACCUCAACACCCCGGAGAGCUGGAUGGUGGAGUCCGUCCGCACGCGCUACGACCUGGACAACAUCUACCUGGAGGAGGUGGAGAAUAUGGUGGCGGCGGAGUACGAGCUGGAGCACCUCCUCCUGGAGGGUCACUGUUUCGACGUCAGCUCGGGCCAGCCGCCGCGCGGCCUGCAGUUCACGCUGGGCACCGCCGCCGAGCCCGUCAUUGUGGACACCAUCGUCAUGGCGAACCUGGGUUAUUUCCAGCUCAAGGCCAACCCGGGAGCCUGGAAACUGAAGCUGAGGAAAGGAAGAUCAGAUGAAAUCUAUAAGAUUUACAGUCACGACGGUACGGACUCACCGGCCGACUCCGACGACAUCAUUGUGGUCCUGAACAACUUCAAGAGCCGAAUCGUGAAGGUCAAGGUCCAGAAGAAAGCCGACAAGUUCAACGAGGAGCUGCUGAGCGACAGCAGCGCCGAGGACGACGACGCCGGCUUCUGGAAGUCUCUGACCAGAGGCUUCACAGGCGGCGGAAAGACGGAAGAGGCCAAGCAAGAGAAAGACGACGUCAUCAACAUCUUCUCGGUGGCCUCGGGUCACCUGUACGAGCGCUUCCUCAGGAUCAUGAUGCUGUCGGUCCUGAAGCACACCAAGACCCCCGUCAAGUUCUGGUUCCUCAAGAAUUACCUGUCGCCGACGUUCAAGGAGUUCAUCCCCCACAUGGCGAAGAAGUACGCCUUCCAAUACGAGCUGGUCCAGUACAAGUGGCCUCGGUGGCUCCACCAGCAGACGGAGAAGCAGAGAAUCAUCUGGGGCUACAAAAUUCUCUUCCUGGACGUCCUCUUCCCGCUCGCCGUCGACAAGAUCCUCUUCGUGGACGCCGACCAGAUCGUGCGUACCGACCUGAAGGAGCUGCGGGACUUUGACCUGGAGGGGGCGCCGUACGGCUACACGCCUUUCUGCGAGAGCAGACGGGAGAUGGACGGCUACCGGUUCUGGAAGUCUGGAUACUGGGCCAGUCACCUGGCGGGACGCAAGUACCACAUCAGCGCCCUCUACGUUGUGGACCUGAAGAAGUUUCGGAAGAUCGCGGCGGGGGAUCGGCUGCGCGGUCAGUACCAGGGUCUCAGCCAGGACCCCAACAGUCUGUCCAACCUGGACCAGGACCUUCCCAACAACAUGAUCCAUCAAGUGCCCAUCAAGUCUCUGCCUCAGGAGUGGUUGUGGUGCGAGACGUGGUGCGACAACGCCUCCAAGAAAAACGCCAAGACCAUAGACCUGUGUAACAACCCGAUGACGAAGGAGCCCAAGCUCCAGGCGGCCGUACGGAUCGUGUCCGAGUGGACCGACUACGACCAGGAAGUCAAGCGCCUGCAGACGCUCGUCCAACAGGAAGCGACGCAGAAGAAGCCCGCGGGGCAGUCGUCCGGCACAGACGUCCACACGGAGCUGUGAGGACGACACCCCCGUUCGGACCCAAAUGUCGGCUCUGUUUCAAGAGCCCACUUCGGCCGCACGCCGUUUUCUCCCCGUCGGACCCUCGUCGGCGUGUUUUGUUUUUACAUUUAGUUCCCGCGCGGUCGGCGGGCGCAUCCGCCUCGCGGUUCUCAGGCCGAGGGUUCAAAUCCUGUGCGGAAUUUGCACGUUUGCCGGAGUAUGCGGUUUUUCUCAGGGUACUCCCGCAUCCUCUAAAAAUAUGCGUCAUUCAAAUUAUUCAUCAGACACUGUAAAUUGGCAACGGUGAUUUUGUCUAUAUGUGGCCUACGAUUGGCUCCGGCGCCUUUCUGGGGGGGGGGGGGGGGGGGGUGAUGUGAUCGUUGGGUCGUAAAAUUGCAGUUUUGUUGUCACCGAGAUGUUCUCCCCGUUUAAAAAUGUUUAUUAAUAAAACAACAAGACGUGUGGUUAAAAAAAAAAAAAAAUCAUACUUUUUUCUAAACCACAUUUUGGUCAUCUGCUUGGGGGGGGAGAGGACAAUUAGGGGAAUUAUUAUUUUUUU